AUGGCCGGCCAGCCAACGUCCCAGCUCGCUCGCCGGGUCGUCGAGGACGUUCUCGUCCUCGUCGCGGCUCGCUGUCCAUUGUCCCUUGUCGCCUGUCCUCGCUCUCAAGUCGCGACGCCAGGGAGGGGCGGAUGGAGGCCGAUCAGAAGCAAGCAGGCAGGCUUGUGUGUCACCGGCGUGCGGGCGGCAUCGCAGCUGCAUGGCGGGCCCAUUGAUCUGUCGCCCUUGCGCAGCGGCUCGCCCUUCGUCGUGCCGCCACACGAGCCAGGUUCCGCAGCUUGCCGGCCAGAGGUACCGCUACGCAAGGUCUUCGAUGAUGCUGGGUUUGGCCGGCUGCCUGCUUGCCGGCCGGGCCCGCGCCGGAUGACUCUGCUCGCAUCACGCUGGCGCCCGACGAGCCCGCGUUCCUCCGUGAGGUGUUUGUGCGUGCGUGCGUGCGUGCGUGCGUGCGUGUGUGCAAGCAUGGUUCGAGAACGACGCAGCCUCGUCGUUCCGACAGAGCACCGUACGUCCGGUAACGCCACCCGCGCCGCCGCGCGAGGGGUGCCAGGCAGCAUUCAGGAAGAGUCCGCCUCCGCAGCAGGCAGGGUCUUUUGCUCCGACAUGACCGGCCAACGCGCGCUGACCGACGUACAGUACUGUACUGUAGGUGCAUGCUCUCUGGCGUCGAGACUCGACAGAGAGCCGGAGCGAUCCCGUGCGGUUUUCCCGUUGUACGUAAGUCGGUACCGCCUGCGUGUGUCAUGCGUCGCAGCGGGCGUUGGGGGACCCGAGAAGGCGUCAAUGGAGAUAGGCGGGCGGGGUGGCCCUUCAUCGCGAGAGCAAGGCCGGGUCGGGCUGCCAGGUCGGGCAGCGCCGUCCGGAGCUCCGCUGCCGUUCCCAGGACGUACUCGCCGCGCUUGGGCGAUACGACGCUGCCGGCCCUUUGUCGUCGACGUCGUCGUAGUCGAGCGAGGCUGA